CUUCAUGGAUUGUCAUAACAUAACAACUCGAGCAUACUUGAACAAGAGACACAGGUUCUGGAACGUGGACUUUGAUUCUGAACGCUGAAGACCGAAACUAAUUAACUCGGAAGGUGCGAUGACAUGGAACAUUGCCACACAGAACAUCGGAAAUAUACCCUAAACAACCCAUGAAUCCGACGGUGGCAUUGAUGAAUGUAUUUCUUAUCAUCUUCAUUGCUUCAUGUAUGUUACGAAGGGUAAAUUGCCUCAAAUGCUAUGAAUGCAAAGGUCCAGAUGAUGGUCGACCGUACCCACAAGAAAUGUGCGAAAGAGAGUCAACCAUUAUCACUUGCUUAAAUCAUUCACUUUGCGGCAGAUACCUCCACAGGAUUAAAUCUGGGGCUUUGGUGAACGAAGUCGAGGCAAGAUCAUGUGUAGUAGAUUGUAAAAGUAUCGAGAAUUCAUGCCGGGCCAUAAUCCUUGCGGGUGGCAACUGCACUCAUUCAUGCUGUGACAAAGACUUGUGUAACGGUGGAAAAAGUGCAGCUGUGAAAGGAUCGCAAGGGUCUUUACUCGUGACAGCAAUGGCUCCUGCCAUAGUAUACUUAUCUACGUUGAAAGAAGAGGGCUAACAUUUUUCGAGUAUUUCUUUUUCAACAUAGCUCUAUAAUGUCUAAUUUUAAGCUACACGUUGUACUUUCCUCUCAGCGAUAAUUUUUUUCAAGGAUACACAAGGACAAUAAUCUCAAAGGCAAAGAGAAUUAACAGCAUUUUACUCGAUUGACAUUCGCAGUGUCGAUAAACGACAAAACUAACUAAACGCGUUAAUUAAAAUGCGCAUAAUUCCAGAGACGCUUGAUCAACCGUGUACAUCAUAGUUAUGAAAUGUUUCAUAUGUAUAAAUAGGAAACGUUGUGCUACAAAAUCUGCAGAUCAGCUUGUGAGUUGAGUCUAUAUGUAUUUAAAACAACUUUCAUGAUUAUCUGGCUUUGGAGUUUAGGGAGUAGUAUUAAUGCACUCACUAUAAUACAAUUUUCGACGAAUCACGGAUAACUAGUAUUUUUUCCUUUCCAAGGCGUCACGCGAAAAGAACAAGGCCUUUAUGACAAAAUAGAAGACAAGAGUAUUGCAACUGCGACUUAAGACUACCGCAAAAAACUAGCUUUUAAACUACAAACGUUCUUAAAAAUUCACAACCAAGCCCCAACAACACAGUCACAGAUCAGCAAUCAUAUCAAGCGUGAAGGUUAUAUACCUAAUAUUUAUUUUUCUCCAGUCGUCGAUAACCAGUAGCAAGAGAAAAUAAUGGGACCACAUUAUCUUCUCUUUCUAGUAAGCAUCUUGAGCAUCAAGCAACAAUCUCAAUAUGAAAGGGGCAUAUAUAAAAGUUAUGAAGGAUUUUUAUUUUUCAUCUUUUGCUACCCUUUAUGUACGGGAAGUAAAGACGCUUAGGAAACUUUCUCAACUAUAGGUAAACCUGUCAUUUAUUGAAUGUUUGAUUAAGUUGAUGCAACCUGACAGGACAUCAGUGUGAAUAACAGCAUAUUCACUGUUGAA